CUCCAUUCCAUUCCAUUCUCUUCUCCACAAAGACCGACGAGAACAGAUGAAGCAUUGCAGCAGCUUGUGCCUGCUGCUUCUCGUGGCACUCUGCAGCUGCUGUAAUAACUUGGCCCGCGCAAAGCCACAGAUCCUCUUCCAGGGCUUCAACUGGGAGUCGUGGAAGAAGCAGGGGGGCUGGUACAACCACCUCAAGGCCCUGGUUGGCGACAUCGCCGACGCCGGCGUCACCCACGUCUGGCUCGACUGGGGCCCCGCCGAGGUCUGCGCCGACGACGCCACGUACUCGGACGGCACGGGGCACCGCGACACCGGCGACGGCUUCGACGCGGCGCCCGACGUCGACCACCUCAGCCCGCGGGUGCAGAGGGAGCUCUCCGACUGGCUCCGCUGGCUCAGGACCGACGUCAGAUUCGACGGCUGGCGCCUCGACUUCGUCAAGGGCUACUCUCCCGCCGUCGCCAGGAACUACAUCGACGACGUCAAGCCGAGCUUCGUGGUGGCGGAGGUAUGGAACCCGCUGGCCUACGACGGCGACGGCAGGCCGUCGCACAACCAGGACCUGUGCCGGCAGGGGCUGGUGGACUGGGUGGAGGCGGCGUCGCCGUCGGUCAUGGCGUUCGACUUCGCCACCAAGGGGGUGCUGCAGGCGGGCGUGCAGGGCGAGCUGUGGCGGCUGCGCGACCGGUCCGGGAAGGCGGCCGGCAUGAUCGGCUGGCUGCCGGAGAGGGCCGUCACGUUCGUCGACAACCACGACACCGGGUCCACGCAGAAGCUGUGGCCGUUCCCGGCGGACAAGGUGAUGCAGGGCUACGCCUACAUCCUCACCCACCCCGGGCCCCCCUGCAUCUUCUACGACCACAUGUUCGAGUGGAACCUGAAGGUGGAGCUGACCAAGCUGACGGCGAUCAGGGCGCGGAACGGCGUCCACGCCGGGAGCAAGCUGCGGAUCCUCGUCGCCGACGCCGACCUGUACGUGGCCGUCGUCGACGAGAGGGUGAUCGUCAAGAUCGGGACGAGGUACGACGUGGGUGGCGUGGUGCCGUCGGAUUUCCACAUCGCGGCGCACGGCAAGGACUACUGCGUCUGGGAGAAAGGCAGCCUCCGUGUCCCGGCCGGGAGGCACCUCUGACUACACCCCUCCCCUCGUCAAAUAUAUCCAACAAAAGAAAAGCCUAAUCUAUUACAGUUUCAGCAUGUAAACCAAACCAAUAACGAAGCAAAGCUUCCCUCUGGUAUAGGAUAUACGAUGAAUGGAUGAUACUGCAUGGUAUCACCACCCUACCAAACCGUUUCAGUUCUGUGUAAGUCAAAAUUGUAAAUGAUAAUCUAUCAUCUGUUCCUUGUUU